AUGGCCGGCGACGAUCGAGGCGUUGAGGCGGCAAUGAGAGUCGGGGAUCGUGGCGUUGAGGUGGACUCGGCCGGCGGCGAUCGAGUCGUUGAGACGGUGACGGCGUUCAGCGAUCGAGUUUCUGAGACGGCGACGGCGUUCAGCGAUUGGGGAAAGGCUCUGAUUCCACUAGAGUGA